CCUUGGGACCAGACUGCAGCACUAUCAAAUCUAACAUGCGUUGAGUUGAGUUGAGUUGGGACCACUGUGCUACAAGGAAGCUUGUUUCACUUCACCUCCCUUUGGAUUUUUUGUCACUUUAUUUAUUCUCUGCUGGAUACAGAGAACCUGGAUUUUUAUGUACCAGUGUCAACAAGUCCAAACUUGGAGAAAACUUGACAAAGCUGAGACAGCCCCCCUGGCAUGCUGGAAGGUUUUCUGUAAGGAGCGAAUCUUUAGGAGUUCCUUCUGUCUUUGUAUUGCUGCUUGACUUUUUCCUUGGAGCCUGUGCCCUCUCCACCAGGCUUCCGUCCCAGGAUUGGUCAGAGAGCAGCCCAUCAGCAGCAGUGACAGUGGGGUUGUCCAGGGUCAUCUGAGGUCAGAGGUCCAGGGUCAGAAGCUGGAUGUAUAAGACGGCUUCAUGGGCCUGAAGGACCAUCUGGAGGAUGGAACAGGCCACAACCUCAAUCUGGGGCUGGAUUUGGACUACCUCCAUGUGGAAGGCACCGACCGCCAGGCCAGCUUGAGUGUCACAGCCGGCACUCACUCAGGAGUUUUGGAGGGGGAAGAAGCACCGGUGGGAGGCACCCAUAGCAGUGUCAGUAGUAGCAUCAUCAGCAGUAGUAGUAGUAGCAGUAACUCCUCUGAAGAAAGUGCUGCGUCGGACAGCGAAGAUGAGCGGGGGAUCCACCAUGGCACUGGUUCUGGCGCUGAGACCCCCCAUCCGCACCCCUGUCACCCUGCUGGACUGGGCCUGCCAAAAAGCCCCCCCCCUAGGGACCCCAAACUCCCCACCGACCCCCUCACAGAGUAUCGCUCCAAGAUGGAAUUUGCCCUGAAGCUGGGCUACUCUGAGGAGCUGGUUUUGCUGGUCCUGAGGAAGCUAGGGCCUGACGCCCUCAUCAACGACAUACUGGGAGAACUGGUCAAACUAGGCACCAGGACAGAGACGGAGGAGGAAGGGGAGUCUGCCGCCUCCCAGUCGUCCUCCUCCUCCUUAUCCUCCCCCUCUCUGGACUCCUCCAGACUGGACUGCUCCUCCCAGCUUCUGUUGGAUGACAAGGAGAACAUCAGGCCUGUGGUGGUGGAUGGGAGUAACGUAGCCAUGAGUCAUGGGAAUAAGGAAGUGUUCUCCUGUCACGGCAUCCAGCUGGCUGUUGAUUGGUUCUUGGAGCGUGGUCACCGUGACAUCACUGUGUUUGUGCCCGCCUGGAGAAAGGAACAGUCCAGACCGGACGCCCUCAUCACAGACCAGGAGAUAUUGCGUCGUCUGGAGAAAGACAAGAUCCUGGUGUUCACUCCGUCUCGUCGGGUCCAGGGUCGCCGAGUGGUCUGCUACGACGACCGCUUCAUCGUCAAGCUGGCCUACGAGUCCGACGGCAUCAUCGUCUCUAACGACAACUACCGGGACCUGGCCAAUGAGAAGACAGAGUGGAAGAAGUUCAUUGACGAGCGGCUGCUCAUGUACUCAUUCGUCAAUGACAAGUUCAUGCCUCCUGAUGAUCCUCUGGGUCGCCAUGGUCCCAGUCUGGAGAACUUCCUGAGGAAGAGACCAGUGAUCCCAGAACACAGGAAGCAGCCCUGCCCCUAUGGGAAGAAGUGCACUUACGGCCACAAGUGUAAAUUCUACCACCCUGAGAGAGGCAGUCAGCCCCAGCGCUCUGUGGCCGACGAGCUGCGUGCCAGUGCCAAGAACUCCUCUUCCUCCUCCAACUCUUCCUCCAAGAGCCUGGGCUCUGCUCCGCUGGUGAAGAGCCACAGCAUGUCCAGCAGCUCCAGUGCAGACGGGCUCCCAGAACCCCACCGAGCCGCCCCAAAGAGGCGGUCGGACCCCGGCCUGUGCACCCCCCCCUACAACGACCUCCUGGAGGAGCGGCUGGGCGGGAGGACCAAAUCAGAGGCCCGCAGAGGUAGUAGCAGCAGCAGUAGCAGCAGCUGUAGCAACAGCCUCCUGGUUCCUGCCUCUGGGGGUCCUCCUUCCAGCCAAGGCUUCUCUCUGCAGGAUUGGAGGGACCACAACGCAGGGAGGAACGGCUCCUGCAGAGCUCCAGGGCUGUUGGAGCUUGGUCACUCUGAGUCUUAUCCCACCUGUGAGUCCCCAAAGCUGGGCUACAACUCCCUAAUGAGGGCGUACUCCAGCCUAAACCUGGUGGUGCCACUGAUACCCGAGCGGCUGUUCCCAACUGACCUACGGACAGGCUUGCUGGCAUCUGACUGCAGCAGUGAGGGCAGCAUGAGCUCUGACUCCUUCUCUCCUGACCCCCUAUUGGAGGAUGGCCUCAAAUGCCACCACCCCCAUCACCACCACUGCUCCAGCCGCUACCCACACCACACCAACCACCCGCCCCCUGGUCUGACACUGCACCCACAUGGAGGCUCCCACCAUAGCUACCCCCUAUCUCAGAGCAUGGGGAGGACACAGGUUUUCAGCUUGGAGGAUCAUCCCUCCUCCCUUCACCACUUCAAGGCCCAUCUCACCUACCUUCCUCCCCAUCUUCAGCACCCAUCUGUGGGGAGCAGCUCUGGCUGUUCGGAGGACUACCCUCCCCAACCUCCACCCCAGACCUCCAGCCCCCACUGCCACUCUCACAGCUCAACUCUGGGGCAUAACCUGGGGGGCUCCACCUGGCAGGACAACAACAGCCUCCAGAACUCCCGGCUUUACGAGCACUCCCCUGUCCGCCCACGGAGGACCUACCCUGGGAUGGGACAGGAGCAGCGGCUGGCCAGCUGGGACUCCCACUACCAGCAGCUCCUCCAGCCCUGCUACGAGGCCUUCAACUUCCAGUCCCAGCCUGAGGGCCACGAACAACCCUGGCACUCUUCCUGGCCCAGGGGGACACACUCGCCCCAUCCUCAACCCCCUUCCUCCUCCCAUCCUCUACCCCACCCCUCCAUGGACCCCCAGCACCAGGGGGGAAGAUGCCAGGAUGUGAGGGAUAAAGUGUUUGUCAAUCUAUGUAACAUCUUUCCUCCAGAGCUGGUGAAGGUGGUGAUGGAGAGGAACCCCCAUGUGAUGGACGCCCAGCAGCUGGCUGCAGCCAUCCUGGCUGAGAAGUCCCAGGCUCGCUACUGAGUACUGACACUACUGUAGUAGAGGAAAGAUGUGACGUGCCCAACUCUAUAGUCCUCCCAAAACAUAUACGAUACAGGGGGAGAUUUUUUUAUUAUAUUUUUUAAGGAGAAUCCGAGCUACCUUAUUGUUGUCCGUUACUGUUGUGCGGUAUGAGACCACCACAAGCACUUAAGGUCAGGAUUGUUUAUGGUGUGUGGGUAGGAGUGAACAUGUGUGUCAGCAUUAUUUCAGGAGACUCUUUGAAUGGGAUGUGUUGCUUAAAUGUAUUUAUUUUGUAUGUUUUAAAUUAUUUUUAUUGUCUUUAUAUUUUGUUAUGGCACUUUUCGUUGCUUUUUUUAAUCAACAUUUUGCCAAUCAUAUCAUAAAAUCCUGAGGUGUUAACACGGGGGGAAUUCUGGGAUUCCAAAUCGAAGGUAUUGUUUGUUGUCAUAAACAUGUUACUUCCAAACAUUUCAAACUAAAAGACAAAGCAAAUUCAUAAAUCUAAGCUACACUGAUUUAGUUGCAUCCCUGUCAUUUGUUCAUUAACGAUUCAUAAAAGCAGGUGGUGAAUUGAAUAACGUUGUUGAAAUAAUUUGAUGAACUUCCCCUUUAUAGUGAAGAACUCCAGCUGUUAAAGGCCUGGUAAAGUCCAUGUGAAAACCCCAGAGCAUUGUUUACUCUCACAGACAGCAGCUAGUUCCUCUCUGGGGAAAGCUCUGAAGCUUACUUCACAGCUUGAGAGAUUGCGAUAUUGAUUUUCGCUUUCUUUUUUAACCACUUUUUUGCCCUCCAACAACCAUUCUGGACAUUGAAAUCAGAUGGUUCUUAAGGAUAUGCAAACUAGUGCAGGUGUUUAUCUUAACCUUUUUAUUUAAAUGUUUGAAUGUGUUAAUUUAUUAAUGUCCCUUUGUCCUUUUUGUUGUGUGAGAUUAUUUUAGUUGAAGGGGGUUUCUGUUGCUAGGGUUUCAUUACAAGGUGUCAGGUGUAACCAUCCAGACAGACAGACAGAUGGUGCUAUACUGUAACUGUCAAUGUACUUAACUCUGUGGACAAGGUCAUUCUAUACCUCCUGGCUUAGAAUCCAUUGUAAAGUUGCCACAAUCGCUCAGUGAAUAGGAAUAGUUAGGCAAUGACACCGUGUUGGGAAAUGCCUUGCUCACACACAGCAGGGACUACAUCUACCCGUUUACAAUCCAAAACACUGGACUUGUGUUGCCAAGGUAACCUGACCACAACAAACUUUAGUGGCCAAGAGAAUCCCUCUCCUCGUUGAUACAAAUUGUAUCCUAUUAACUUAAACCAGAUCAUUGUUUUAUAUGAGAAUAUGUAUACAAAAAGUAUUUUGAGAUUCAUGUGCCGUAAUUGGUCACAUUUGUUAAUGUUCUAAAAUAUAUUUUGGGAAAUGUUGUAUUGUGUUUUUAAGAAUUAUUUGGGAAAGAAAAGGCAUCAAAUGCAAUUUCUUCCAACUACUGUACUGUGAUUGGUGAUCAACAGACACAGGACUGAAAAUAUUGGUUGUUUUAUUAUCAUUCGUCUGAAAGUGUGUUUUCUCGUUGGCUGGUCACAAUCUAACUCAGGUCACAGUCAUGUGAAUGUGACUGUGGGGUUCAGCUUUAUGGGGAAGCAGAGAAUUUUUUCUUCCCCAUCAGCCCCUAUUGAUGGUCAUGAUCUUUCACUUAACAUGUUUUUGUACCGUGGUUCUCAGCUCUCUCAAUAAACUAAGCCUAUCCCUUCAGAGGAUCAGUGGAACACUGCUGACUUGACAAAGACAAUACUUCCUCUCUGGAACCAGUUUCUUAACAUGACAACAACCAAAAGGUUCAAAUAUGUUAUUGUUGUUUUUUUACAUAUAAGAAACCAUGUCCAUUCACACAGUAGUAUUACAUGGCAAGUCACUGAAUAGCAGUGUUCUUUUCUGGUCCCCUGAGUUGGUUGGCAUAUUAGCUUUGAGCUGAGCGAGCAUGUGACAUUGUGGCCGAAUAAAACCGCCACCCAAGACUUGACGUCUAGCACCUUUCUAAAAAAAGAGCCUUCUCAGUAGCUGCAGGGCACUGUGUGCCAGUGUGUGUGCCGGGGUGUGCCAGUGUGUGCCGGUGUGUGCCGGUGUGUGCCAGUGUGUGUGCCAGUGUGUGCCGGUGUGUGCCAGUGUGUGUGCCGGUGUGUGCCAGUGUGUGUGCCGGUGUGUGCCAGUGUGUGUGCCAGUGUGUGCCAGUGUGUGUGCCAGUGUGUAUGUGCCAGUGUGUGCCAGUGUGUGUGCCGGUGUGUGCCAGUGUGUGUGCCGGUGUGUGCCAGUGUGUGUGCCGGGGUGUGCCAGUGUGUGCCGGUGUGUGCCAGCCAGUGUGUGUGCCAGUGUGUGUGCCGGUGUGUGCCGGCAUGUGCCGGUGUGUGCCAGUGUGUGUGCCGGUGUGUGCCAGUGUGUGUGCCAGUGUGUGUGCCAGUGUAUGCCGGGGUAUUCCAGUGUGUGCCAGUGUGUGCCGGGGUGUGCCAGUGUGUGCCGGGGUGUGCCGGUGUGUGCCAGUGUGUGUGCCAGUGUGUGUGCCGGUGUGUGCCGGUGUGUGCCAGUGUGUGCCAGUGUGUGUGCCAGUGUGUGCUGGUGUGUGCCAGUGUGUGCCGGGGUGUGCCAGUGUGUGCCGGGGUGUGCCAGUGUGUGCCGGGGUAUGCCAGUGUGUGCCGGGUUGUGCCAGUGUGUGCCGGGGUGUGCCAGUGUGUGCCGGGGUGUGCCAGUGUGUGCCAGUGUGUGCCAGUGUGUGCCGGGGUGUGCCAGUGUGUGCCGGGGUGUGGGCAGAGUAGUAAAUGCCUCUACUUUUUCAAACACAUCCGAUGAUAGUCUGAACCAUGUUCAGUUAAACAUUUAUUUUUCCAUGUCCUGAUUUUUUAAAGAGGUGAUAUUGGAAUUAUAUGUGAUGUAUUUUUUUAAUCAGCAUUAAGACAUUUUAGGGAAAUUGUUUGGGUGGUUUUCCUCACCGUCUCUGGAUAUAGGCUGUACGGGACCGUUCACCUUUUGUAUAAUAAUCACGUUUGAUGGCGUGAGGUUCAGUUUGAAGACAGUGUAUGUACAUGUGCUGGGUUUUGGAUACAGUACUGGGUUGAAUCUCUUCCACCAUGGCCAUUUUUUGGUCAUUUUGGAAUGUGGAUAGUAAUUGGUUUUAUGUCAUUGGUCUGACUGGUUGACUUCUAAUUCUAUUUGACUGCUAACUGUUUGUUUAAUUUCGCCAGUCUGCAUCCAGGGCCUAAAAUUCAAGCAAAACAAAUAGAUUUUAACGUGUCAAACUUUCCAAUGUCAAGUAUAAUUUAUUUUCAUAUUCAUCACUGCUGUGCUUUAAAUCCAACCAUUUGUGCUACAAUAAAACUGUUAAAUAUAAAUGUCUUAAAAAUGAUUGUUUAAAAAAAAAAAAGAUCCACAAAAAUAAGGUUGGGAUUCGGGUAUUCUGUCAGGGACCAAAGCAAUUGGCAAAAUAAUUGAGAGUUAACUUAUGUUUCUGAAUUAUGAUGCUGCUUUCUUCACAGGUCAACAUGGGUCAUUUCAAGCCAAAAUAGAAUCUGGAGAAUGGAGAACAAGAACUGUGGCCUGAUGUGAUGUUGAUGUUUUGCCUUGGUGACUGUACUGUAUGUGAAUGGGAGAACACAUGUUGCAACAAUGAGCUUUAGGUACUGGAACCCCAGAGCAUGUGACU